AUGGCGUCAUGGGACAUUCGAAGCACAAACUUUCAGAUUGUUUACUUUUUAAGUGCAAUGUCGGAGAUGAUUCUGUUCGCUGGUAUAACUUUUGGAUGGGCCUCAAUUGAAAUUGUGUUUAGAGAAGAAGGAUUCUUUAGUUAUCUUUGCAGAGAGAACGAAGCUUCGUUUAAUGUAACAAAUUCAACUACUGCAACGGAAAGAGGCCUAAACCUUGUUUGCAAUGACCAAAAGAAUCGCUUUAAUCUUGUAUUUAACGUCGCUGUUGGCUUUGUGUGCUUCUGUCAAACUCCAGCUGGUUUUUUCAAUGACAAAUAUGGUCCAAGAGCUUCACAGGCUCUCGGAUGCCUCUUAUUUGUUGUUGCCGGACUUGGGCAAGCCUUCGUAACAAAAGAAACAUCAGUUUUUCUCUUCCCCAUAUUCAUCUUCUAUUGCUGUGGCGGAGUUUUCAUAGCAUAUGCAAAGUUUCGGGUUGUAAGGGUGAUUUUCACAGGCUCUAGGUCAAUUGUUAUAUCUAUCCUUAGCGGAUCAUUUGAUGCCUCUGCUGCAGUUCUCGUCGUUAUCAAGUUGAUAUGGGACGCUGGGAUCUCGUUGAGAGACAUCAGUUUGUUUUAUUCUGCCAUUUGCCUGGCCCUGGUGUCGUUAUCAGGGUUUUUUCUUACUCCCUCAUACAAUGUUCUAUUCGAGGAAGCCAAGCGCGUUGAGCCAACCAUUCCAAGGGAGGAAGCUGAAGAACUUGAAGCACUGCCAAAGAACAUAGUUCCAGAAACGUUUUUAAAGUCAGUGUUCUCCGCACAGUUUAUUCUGGAACUAACAUAUCUCAGUAUAUGCCAGCUUUCUCUAUGGUAUUUCAUUGGCAGCCUUGAAUGGCAAAUAGCUCUUCAAUCUUCGGAUUCCAAAGAAGCAGUGAAGGACUACGUUACGUAUUUUACAUACACGCAGUUCUUUGGUCUAGCCGUUGGCCCAAUAACGGGUAUAAUAUUCGACCGAAACUCGGUUAAUUGCUGUCAUAAAGAUAAAGAAGGAGCAGAACCAUUGAUAAAAAGCCACACACAGACACGCAUCAAAAGAAUCAGAGAGAGUAUAUUGCCAUUUAUGAUUACAACCUUAUGUUGCGUUUCAAUAUCACUGUUUGCAUUGGUGCGCACGACGUGGGCUCUGAUGCUGGCAUUCGUAUUCCACGUUAUAACAAGGGCAUUCCUUUACGCCUCGCAUGCGUCGUUCAUUGCCAUUGCAUUUCGACCGGAAUGGUUUGCGACGUUAAAUGGUCUUGGAAUCUGCAUGGCUGGAGUGUUCGGGUUUCUUGAAUACCCACUGCAUUCAGUAACGCAGACACAUCUAAAUAAUGACCCAUUUUUGAUAAAUGUCAUCCUUCUCGUGGCGACUUUGGCAGCCGGUGUGUUUCCUCUGUACUUGUGGUACAUUUGCAGAUCAGCUAUGCAUGCCCUGAAAAGCAGCUCCAGAAUCCCUCCUCCAAAUUGUGCAGAUGACGAAAGCACCUCGAUAAUAACCUCUGGGUUCUUGAACAAUACACAAGGAAUCGAAAAUACCACAGUAUAG